GUGGUGGCCCCGGCGCCGGCGGCUUCUAUGGUAAUUUCAGUCAAUUGUUUUCCCUACCACCAUGUCAUUUGCAACGCAGAAGAAGAGCCAGAACCCGCACUCGCCGGUGGACCCCACAAUCAGCAUCGCCAAGAGCCAUGGUCAACGCCCAGCAGACCCACUACUCGGUGCUGUGCCUCCCACGCCAUGCCACCGCCGCCGAUAUCAAGAGGGCUUAUCGCCUUCUCGCUCGUAAGUAUCAUCCUGAUGUUAGCAAAGAUUCUCAAGCUGGAGAGGUGUUCAAGAGCAUCCGUCAGGCGUAUGAGAUUCUAUCCAAUGAAGCAACGAGGGCUCAAUAUGACCGGGAACUUAGAUUACAAAAAGAUACUGGUAGGCAACAUAGUGGAAAAUGGAACUACAGCACUGAAUUUGAAGAUGGGGUAAGGAUCUAUAAGUGGGCUGAAGUGCGGCAGAAAAUGCAACGUGAGAGAUACUGGGAACGUUAUAAUGUUAAUGAAGAGAGUUCGUCAUAUGGUAAAACUGAUGGAGCAUCUGAAGAAGGAGAGCCAGAGCAAGAGAGAGGCUCCUUCAGUGAAGUGCUUAGAUCAACCUUCGUAUCUCUGUUUCUAUUGCAGACAUUUGGAUCUCGGUUAUCUCUCACGUUUAGCAGCCUGAUGGCCUUGUUUGACAGGAAAUUGGAUGCCGGAUACAAGAUUGGUUAUGUAAUUGCUUGGGUUUUGGGUGGGAGAGGUGGGAUCUUGCUGACUUUGUGUCUGUCGUUUGCAAGUUGGGUUUGUGGGAAAACCAGCAGCAAUAUGGUUGCUCUGGUGGUGGUAGCCAUGUGGGUCGGCUCCAAUCUUGCAAAAUUUGCACCGCUCCCGCAAGGUGCUCUGCUCACGCUUCUGUACAUGUCUAUUAAGCUACAAGUUGAUUUGAACUAAAAGAAAGGCUGCUGCUUCGUCUCCAAUGUGACGCUUAAAUGUCGUUCUCUCCCUUUUUUUCUUUUCUUGGUUUAAUUGAAAGAAUGAUGUUGUACAUAAGUUAUACGUGGCAGUAGUGUAAACUGGUUAUUUGGCAACGGAUUUAGAUGAACAGUUGGAUCACUUAGACGA